AUGCUGUCGACUUUGUUGUACAAAUUAACGCACCCUUCGGCUCUCUACGAGGGCUCUGAACUAAAUGCACAGUUUGUCAUUUUGAGCCUUUUACACCUUGUAAUUUGCUUUGUUCUUCUAGGCAUAUGUGCAUCGGACUAUUUAUGUCCUACAGUGUCAAUCAUUUCUCAAGGCAAAAGCCAGAAAGGCAUUCUUGCAGCCAUUCUAUUAUCAUGGUGUAAUUCAUCUCCGGAUUUAUUUACCAACUUCAUGAGCUGGACUUCGUCCAAUGCAGCGUCUCUCUCGGUGGGCGAAGUGCUGGGGUCCUGUGGAUUCAUAUUGUGUGUAGUUCAAGGCGCAAUCUUAAUUGUGAUGGCUCCCAUAAACGCACAAUUGGAAGCAGACCACAAUCGCCAUGUUCAGCGGGAUUUGACUUUUAUCCUAAUGGCGAUGUCCAUGAUGCUUUAUGUCUGCCUGCGCAACAAGGUGACUCUACUAAAUUGCACAAUUAUGCUUUCAAUCUAUGUGGGAUAUAUCAUUUCUAAGGCAGGGAUAAGUCUAAGGAAUCAUCAAGAGCAGGACGACAGCUAUUCGAUGGAAAUAGACGCAACAGAUGAGCCUGAUCUAAACUUAAAGUUCAGUGUGCUGAGUGCAUUAGAUUACAAUGCCUUAUACUCGCUAAUGCAAAAGUCGUCAGGCCUGGGUGGUGAUGAAAUUACGUUAAGAACUCUAAAUUCUGGUGUUUCCGAUGUCGAGUACGUCGCUCCAAGACCUUUGACAGCUCCAGGCGACACUUUCAGGGAGAGGCCAUAUUAUGAUAGACCAAUGGCUCAUUCUUCCCCUUCCACUUUUGAGGCAUAUCAUGAUGAAGAAAACGCAUCUGAAAUGCAGAGUCUUGAGGCUGUACCUAUCGUUUACGACAGAGCUUUGCACAAUAGAAUGUUUCGCUUAAAAAAUGGAAUGAUAAAUGUACUUGCUCCGCAAUUAAUAGACUUCCAACAUCAGUCUCUCCCUUCUAAAUGCAUUGUCAUCCCCAUGGUACCUUUUACGGUACUGCUACGAUUAAGUUGCCCUCAACAUGAAAAGCUGCUGCAUGAUGGGCAGAAUUCUCGGAAAGCAGUGACUCUUGACUCUCAGACCUUGAUUCUCUUGUUAAUACAGGCCAUCUUUGCACCAUUAUGCUCCACGGUGCUGGUUUGUACUCUUUUAGAUGUCUCUAUUUCGUGGCGCUUCAUGUUGGCAACUCUCAUCGCAUCAAUCUUCUUAUUGGCAGGUAUAUUGUCACUUUUGUGGAAGGUAAUUAACUACAAUAAGUUUUCACUCAAUGAGAUAUCCGCGCAUGAUGAACGUGGCCUUUUCAAGCUGAUGUCUUUGGAGCAACCCGUCAUUCUGGUUGUUAAUAGUAUUGGAAUCCUCAAUUGUAUACUAUGGAUAUCCAUGCUUGCGAACACACUAGUAGAGGUGAUGGUACUUUACCAAGAACUGACUGGGAUAUCAGAGGCUGUUUUGGGACUGACUAUAUUUUCCUGGGGCAAUUCCGUCAGCGACCUGAUGUCCAAUGUUGCGAUGUGCAAGCUGCAUUUCAAAAUUGAAGUUGAAAAUCAGUCACAAAGAGACCAGCUAGCUUCGCGGUAUUUCUUCAUCUCUCUCAGUGCUUGUUUUGGGGGUAUCCUACUCAAUUCUCUGAUAGGGAUUGGUCUAAGCGGCUUUGUCUCGAUGUUGUUGGGCUCUGAGGGAGUCAGCGAGAAUAGUUUUUGGUUUCUUCGAUCGGUAUCCUUAGGAAGCCAAGGGAUGGAUUAUAAGUUCAUACUUUCGGUUGCUUUCAUUUUAACUCAAAACGUCGUUCUUCUGUUGUUCUUUUCUGGGUUCAAGCCAUUUGGUAAUUUUUUGGCACGGAACUUUAGGAGUAUUGGCAUAUUUUUAUGCACUUGGUGGGCACUAGCGACAGUGCUGAACGUAGCAAUUGAGACAGCUGGCAAAAAGAGCUCUUAA